AUGGAGUUCCUGCUAGUUCGUAGCCAGGCCUGCGCUUGGAGUGCUUACUGGCUAGCAGCAGUCAUGCACCUGGAGUGCAUGCUGGCUCGCAAGAGUCCUACGCCUGGACUCCAUUCAAUAUACUCGAGAACACCUAAUCCUGGACCUGCGUUCAUUGAGAAAUACAGAGCUUAUUUGGCAAACUUCGGGUCUGAUCCAAGCAAAAUCAAGGACACCCUACAAGAUUGUGAAGUUAUGUCCAACAGUAAGCUUGCCGCAAUGAUGUCUAUGUUUGGGAUGCAAAAGGCUCUUACAAGUUACAAACAAAUUUCCUAA